GGAGGCAAUGUUAACUUUUUGCCGUGACUGUGUCUCCUCCCUUUGCAAUCGUGUUUUCUUCAUUGUUCAAGUUUCGUGUACUAUUCAUCCAGAAGUCGAAUUCUGAAUGCUUGUAGGGAAAGAGAAGCAAAAGGCAGAGACACACAUACCACUUUAAACAUAUUUUAAAGAUAUAUUGACUAAAGAAAUACGCUUUGCUAUCAAAAUUGUUUGCAAGCUAUUUUUGUCAAGAAUUUUUGCAAUCAACUUUUACUUUUACAGCUGAAAGUUCUCACUUAGUGAAACUUAGAAGCCAAUGGCUGACCAAUUUUUAAAAGACCUUGAAGAUUCAGGUUUGAGGGAACCCUCUGAAAUGAGACCUUUGGUGAUCAAAUGGAUUGAAGAACGGUUUCCAGGAGUCAAGUCAAUAACAACACAAACCCUCCAGCAGUGGAUGGAAGAUAAACCAGGAGAGCUUCUCCUUCUUGAUACUCGAAGUCUAGCAGAAUUUGAAGUCAGCCACUUGCCAGAAGCAAUCUUAGUUCCUCCUGAAACUGAUGCUGUAAAGGAAAGUUUCAAAGCAUGGCUCAAACAAGAAUAUGAAAAGUGUCACAGACACAUUGUUUGCUACUGUACUGUGGGCUAUCGAUCAUCUAUGACAGCUCAGCUCCUGAAUGACUACUUGUGCUGUGAGACAAAUCAAAAUUUCAUUACCUCUUCCAUGAUAUACAAUCUUCAAGGAGGUCUAGUGAAAUGGGCCUCUGAAAAGAGGUGGAUGAUAGACCAAUAUAACAAACCAUCAUCCAAAAUGCAUCCCUAUAAUGAAGUCUGGGCAAAACUCCUAGAGCCAGAGUUCAAGGUGGAAACUAAAGAAAAGGUUUAAAGAUGGUCUUGGAAAAAAAAAUAUUCCAAGCAAGGAAAUCAAUUUGAACAUUCGAUCUCAAAAAUAUAUUUUAAUUAUAUUAAAAUGUUAUAUUUUAAUUAUAUUAUAUUAAAUUAUAUUUAAUUAUUCCAAAAGUGAUCCACAAGAUAGCCACAACUCCAUAAACUUCAGAAUUAAAUAGUUAAAGAAUUGCACCAAAAAAUAAUUUAUGAGGCACUUUCAGCCAGUUUGUAAUGCUUAUUGUUUGCUCAGUUUUCUGUAACUCUUCCGUGAUGCUGCUUCUGAAAUGCCUGAGAAAAUAUUUCGAAAAAUAUGACAGAACCCUCACUUGUAACCUAUUAAUGUAAAAUAUUCUUAGAUGGGUGAAAAUCUUGUGUUUUUAAAUUUAUCAUAAUUUCUCAAAGCAGUUUGUUGGUGAGGAGAACGCCAGCAAUUUACUUCUUUUUCUGUACUUCUAUAAUAAAUAAUUUUUUUCAUUUAAAGAAUUGUGAAAAUACUUAGAUUUUUCAAAGAAUUUGUUUGGCAAUUGUGUCAAGGAGAAUUUCCUUUUAUAGUCCAGCUGAAAAAUUACCAUUAAAAGUAGCACAGUUUUGUGAUGGCCAUA